AUGAUAACAAAGUUACCAGCUGGUAAAUGGGAUGAUCAAUGGACUUUGUAUCUAAACGUUAUACUCUUUCAUUUUAGUAAAGCCAUUGAUGUUAAAACCAUGUCUGGAGCUGCCGCAGUUUUCGUCAUGUCGCUGACAGCGAUCCCCGUCACAUACACCGUGAAUUUGAUGCAUUUUAGCAAAGACCACUUUCUCGUGUUUGUUUGCGGAGUGGUCGUUCUCCUGGCUAUGACCACAGGGGCAUACUUAAUUGGGAAAUUGCAAAAACGACCACCGAGGGAUAAGUUUUUUUACGUGUGCGGAGUAUUUUCCUUCACUUGUGUGGUAGAUUUUAUAAUUGCUUUGGAAUUAGAUGGAGUAAUGGAUGGAUUUAUGACAUUCUAUCUGAAGGAGGGAGAACCUUACUUGAAUUCAGCACAUGGUACCUUCAUUAACUACUGGGAUGGUACAGGUCAUUAUAUAAUGUAUUUAUCCAUGGCAGCAGCUAUGUCCUGGCAUGUAAGUUAUCGUGACAUUGGUCUGUAUUGGGCAGGUUCUAUCAUUAACAGUAUGGUAGUCUUUAUGCCGGGUAAUCUCAUUGGAAAGAAUGGACGAAACGUGAAGGCUUCAUACUUCCUAAAUACGCCAUAUGUUAUCAUUCCACUCAUGAUGCUACAUAGAUUACUCUCAUCAAAAAGAAAACUUAACACUCCACAGGACAAGGUUGCCAAAAGCCAAAAGAAAUCUUUAUUGUGGAGACCACUUGACAUACUUUUAAUUGUAUCUCUUCUGUUUGCUAUAGCUGUAGCUAGUGUUCGUGGUAUGGCUGCACUGGACAGUCCAAUGACUACAACACAAGUAUAUCUGCAGCGCUAUGAACCAUAUCUCACUGAUGAUGUCAUUUAUCCUAAACUACAGAUGCUUGUGUAUUUAUUUUACUUUGUACCCUACUACAUCAUGGCAGUGUACAGUCUAAUUUAUCCUGGUAAGCAGUGGAUGAUAGACUGGUCAAUAAUCCAUGCAGGCGCUGCAGCACAGGCACAAUUCACACAUAUUGGUUGUUCAUUUCAUGACCGUACUGCAGCUGAAUUAAGGGUACCCAUGGAUACCAGACUGGUCUUCUGGAUUAUCAAUCUAGCUCUCCUUAUUAUACCACAAGUACUGGCAUUGCGCUGUGUUUAUUAUCCAGAAUUUUUUUUAAGCAAUACGCAAAAUCAAGAUAAAAUUGCCAAAAAAGCUCCUCAAAAGAAGAAAAAACAGUGAUUACAAUAAUGUCAAGUAGUCAUUUUGUGAAUUAAAAUGCCUUAUAUGGUUAAUACCUA